GUCCUUUGUCUGUGUUGGCUCAGGCUCUUGGCCCGAGUCCUCGUGCAGCUGCAGGGUCACCAGUCUUCGUCCUGUUAGACCAUGUUCCGACAGCAGGACCAUCUGCAGGAGAGCCUCCUAGCCACCAGGCAGCUUUUCCAGUGCCAGGACUGUGGAAAACAGUACAACACUCAGCUGGGUUACCGGCGCCACCUGGUGACCACCCACAGCGCCGCAGGGGGCCUGCCCUGCCCAGAAGAGCCCCCCUCCCUGUUGGAGACUCUGAGCGACCACAGCGACAGGCCUCCUUCAUCAGAAGGCAGCACCAGUGUGCCCGUCAGAGAGAGGAAGUACUCGUGCGAGCGAUGUGACCGCCGUUUUUACACUCGAAAGGACGUACGGCGACAUGCUGUUGUUCACACCGGGCGCCGGGACUUUCUGUGCACUUGCUGCGCUCAGCGUUUCGGCCGUAGAGACCACCUGACUCGCCACCUGAAGAAGAGCCAUGCACAGGAGUCGGGGGUGAUGUCACCGGCCCCCCCCAGCACUCCUGCUGCUACUCUGAACCCCGCCUCACACUGUCCGGUGAAAGAAGAGCUCAGCCUGGUGACCUCUGACCUCACCUCUGUCACCAAGGAGCCCAUGGAGCCUUUUGUCAGGGACCUGGGCCCCCCUUACACCAAUCCAGUUGCAGGGGCGGGUCAUUCUCAGGGGCUCAUGCAGGGCUUGUUGCCUUCACCCAUGGGGGUGGGUCAUCACAUGUCUACCCAGUCCCCCCACCCUCAACCCUUGCAGCCCCCAGCAGCCCUCCAGCAGCAAUCCUAUGGCUCUACCUCAUACUCACGCUCCGACAUGGAGAAUUUCCUGCUGGACCUGCAGAGUGCACCCCCUCCACCUCAGCUGUGUGCUGUGAACACGUCUACCUCUGCUUCCCCUCAGAGGGAGGUGUUGUGUGAGGGCGACCCCCACUUACUGUCUCGGAGUCCCGCCCUCUCCACCACUGAGCUGUCCUGCUCCACUAACAUGGAGCUAGGGCCCCUGCUCAGCUUCCUGCCCUUCAGUCUGCCCCCUUACAGUCCUCACAUGGGAGUGGGGGGAUUGGUGAUGAGCUACCCACCUGUUGCCUCCACCACCUCUCCUCCAUCCUCCUCCGCUGGGCUCACCUCUCAGACUUCGGGGCCCUUCUCGUUCUUCCAGCCCCCACAGGCUCACGUGCCCCAGGGCCCUGGGGUUCACAGCCAGCUACCUCAGGCGUACACUUCUGCUAUGAGCACUUCCAGCCCUCUACCUCACUAUUACCAGGCCUUUCAGCAGUGAGCCACUCAGCCACCACCUCCAC